AACCCUCCCUGCUGGGUUGUUGGUGAUGGGGCAUGCGGCAGAGGAGAGACAUGUGGCGUUCGGCCGCUGCCAAAGAUCUUGAAGGAUUGUGUCGGUUCCAGUCGGUCGGGACAUUCUUCGACGACCGCCAAGCCAGCCGUUUUCUGGUGUUACCGCCAUGUUCCCAGCUCCAUCUGCCGAACCACAGUUUGCAUUUUUGGUCAGGGAAUUUGCCCACGACAUUUUGAGCGAAAACCGGAAAUGCCACCAAGAAGCAGGGGAGUGCAUGAAACGAGCUCCAUCAGCAGCCCACAAAGAGCCACCUAUCAAGCUCCAAGUGCCCGCUCUUCUCACCGCCAAGAGAAUACCAAGACCGACCGCUCCAGCGCCGGUCUUUUCCACGCGGAACUGUGCCGGGAGCCCCGGGGGCAUCAACAUCAGCUUUUGUCUCGUCAGCUUGGCCAUAUGCUACCUACCUGCUUUCCGUGACCGACCGGCAGGAAGGGGCCCAGAACAAAAAGCACUGUCGUGUCUCCGGAAGCUAGUCCGGGUGCCGUUCCGGCCUCCUUGGUUUGACCAGCUUCAUUACAGGUCCCUGUCGGCGGAGAUGAUGGGGGGCUGCUGGGAGGGAAAUGCACUGCAACACCGUAUCAGUCAGGGCCUCUUCCAGAAUGACCGCAAGAAGAAAAAAAACGUUGACGCCUUCUUCCUUCGCCUCCCACGCGAAGCCGCAAAUCGCGACAAGGGUUGUGUUUGAGAAGAAGAACCCAUAAGGUCUCUCUGGGGAAGAUGCUGAUCACUGGCUCACAGAUGAGCACUUGAAAACUUUCCUUGCUCCUUGCCAUUCGUGUCGCUCGUUUAAAAUACUUUUUGAUCCCACAGCUCGUGCCCAAGCACAGACGGUUGCUCUUCAGAUCAACUCUUCGUUACGCUCCUUUGUUUGUUUUACGGCACGACACGGACGGUCCCUACCAUACCCCAUUGCGAUUGUUGGAUAUCACAGGCGGUUCUUUGACAGGAGGCUUCAGAGGAAGGGCGACGACAGACACAGGAACGAUGGGCGAAAGGAUAAACAUCCCCAUGGUCGACCGGGCCCGGGACGCCAUAAUUGCGAUAUCUUUUUUAUGGGUCGUCUUUGGGUUUGUGGUUGCCGGCAGGGUGGUUGCUCGACACAAGGGAAUCGGGCUCGGACUCGAUGAUGUUCUGGCUGUCGCUGCCUUUUGCCUUACUGGAACCACCAUCGGGUUCAAUGCUGCAGUCUUUUCCUCUGGUGUAGGGCACGACAUGAUCCCAGACUCCCCGCUAUUUCCCACACUCAUGAACAACCUGGAGUUCAUGAUGAAGAUUACCUUCAUUUUCACCAUCGUUUACGUCUGGGCCUUGUUUGCCCUCAAGAUGAGCCAGCUGUGGUUUUACCUUCGAGCCUUUUCCGUACAUCUCAAAGUCUGGAUCUGGAUCGUCUCGGGCAUUUGCAUAGCCUGGGCCAUCAUCUUCACCUUUGUCUUGACCUUCCUCUGCGACCCCAUUGAGCAACAAUGGACACUGAUGCGUAUCGGCAAAUGCAUGGACCAAAUCUUGGUGCUGAAGUGUGUCAUCAUGACCAACAUCUUGACUGACCUCAUGAUCAUCGUCCUACCCAUGCGGACGGUUUGGUCACUGCAAAUGAGGACGACAGAAAAGGUUGCCGUUGCUUCGUGCUUUGCCAUCGGACUCGCUUGCGUCGUAAUCGGCCUCGUCCGCUUUGGUGAAAUCUUUGUCAUCGACAUGGUUGGCAACUUCACCGGCACCUCCUUCACCACUUUUAUGCUCUGCAGCAUCGAACUCAUGCUUGCUGGCAUCUGCAUCAACAUUCCGAUGCUCCGGCCCUUUUACACUCGGUGGAGAAAGAAGUACAAGUCGUCCGCCGGCAACUCUGGCUAUGCCGACCCCAGCACAGGCCAAGGCGCACGAAGCGGCAAGGCCACGCCAUUACCAUCAGUCAAGGGCAACUACAAUGCUUGGAUCGAGUUGGAGGACGACAAAGACCGCGACUCGGACAGCAACAACGACGGCUGCUCUGAACGCAAGCUGACAACGUCAACAGCAGCACGCCCUGACCCGGAAGUCGGCUCCCCAACCGAAACCUCGGCCAUCCACGUCUCGACAAAGUGGACCAUCACUCGAGAUUAACUUGACCCGCCACUGUUGGAGUUUUUGGUCGAUUGGUUUACUUCUUUGUUUUCGGGCAGCGCGGCGGAGGGUUGGAUAUUUUUGGUUGCGCAUAUAUAGACUCUUUUUUUUUUUACGGAAUCACGGCACGGCUUUGACAUUUUUGGGGGCACAGGAACGGGCCCACGACAGUCCUUUUUAACAUCUCUC